CGGCGACGCCGCGGGGGCGGAGGGCGACCGCGGCCCGGCGGGGCGCGCAGGAGGGCGGGCGGACAAGAGAGAGAACCGGCCCAGCCGGAGGACCGGAGGAGAAGGCGACCCGGCGCGCCGAGGAUGUGACCCUGCGGCCAGAGGAGGACCGAGGCGGUCCCCGCCAUCCACAGGUCCCACCCCUGGACACCUGGCCAGCCGCCCAGCCCAGCCAUGGCACUGUGCCUGAAGCAGGUGUUCGCCAAGGACAAGACAUUCCGGCCUCGGAAGCGCUUUGAGCCCGGCACCCAGCGCUUCGAGCUAUAUAAGAAGGCUCAAGCAUCACUCAAGUCGGGGCUGGACCUGCGCAGUGUGGUGAGGCUGCCACCAGGGGAGAACAUCGAGGACUGGAUCGCUGUGCAUGUGGUGGACUUCUUCAACCGCAUCAACCUCAUCUACGGCACCAUGGCCGAGCGCUGCAGCGAAAGCAGCUGCCCGGUCAUGGCCGGCGGGCCCCGCUAUGAGUACCGCUGGCAGGACGAGCGCCAGUACCGGCGGCCCGCCAAGCUCUCGGCGCCGCGCUACAUGGCCUUGCUCAUGGACUGGAUUGAGGGCCUCAUCAAUGACGAGGACGUCUUCCCCACUCGUGUCGGAGUUCCCUUCCCCAAGAACUUCCAGCAGGUCUGCACCAAGAUCCUGACCCGUCUCUUCCGGGUCUUUGUCCAUGUCUACAUCCACCACUUCGACAGCAUCCUCAGCAUGGGGGCCGAAGCACAUGUCAACACCUGCUACAAGCACUUCUACUACUUCAUCCGAGAGUUCAGCCUGGUGGACCAGAGGGAGCUGGAGCCGCUGAGGGAGAUGACAGAGCGGAUCUGUCACUGAGCCCAAGCCUGGAGUUGUUGCCUGUCCUGUGGAUCAUCAGAACACAGAGUCGCUGGGGAGAGGACCCUCAGGAAUCUGGUGGCAGAGGAACCUGAAGUCCCUGGGACCCCUCUGCACACACCAAGCCGCUGGACUUGUGGUUCUCAGGAGUCUACCCAUAUGCUCCCUGACUGCUUAUGAAUGGAGAAGGAGGGGCAGAAGAAAAAGGACAGAAGGAGCUGCACCUCCAGAUGAAGUCUAAGGGUGGGAUGGGUUGGGUUUCUUCCCCGGUACUUGACCCUUCCUUGGCGGUUCCCAUGCCAGUGUGGGGCAUGUGGGUGUGGCUGAGCAAUAGUGAGAAAGGUACAAGAGCGUAAGCACACUGUGUGAGUAAGCGCAGAUGACUCUGUGUGAGUGUGUGAGAGCAUGUGAUUUUCACUGUGGGAUGUGUCUGUAAGAGCCAGCUGCCUUAGACCCUCCCUGGCACAUACUAGACCUUCCAUAAAUGUGAGGUAAGUAGAAGAAUGGAGGGAAGGAGGGGUUAGGACCACCAGACAGUGACCACUGUGCAAGGGAUGGCAGGUCAGUGGUCUGACCAUGUUUGUGAGUGCACAAAAUAUGAUUGUAGAUGUAGCUCUCUAUUUGAACCUUCAGGCUACCAGCUUCCGUAAGCAUGAGUUCUGGGGAGCUAUGGGGAUGUAAGAAAGGAGUCCUGCCCUGAGUACCUAAACCCUUGGCCCCCUACAGACAGAGGUUCUGAUCUGCUUAGCCAGAGAUGCCCAGGAACUGUUAUUUUACUCACCCCUUUGCCUCCAGGAAAGCCUGAUUAUAGACAGCCUCCAGAGGGCUGGGGAUGAUCCCUCAUGCCCACAUAGGUCCUCUGGUCCUUAAAUUGGGAAUCAUACACUCCAGUCUAGCUCCCAGAAUCUGUAGACUUGGCUCUCGGAAUCUAAAGCCCAGUGCAAGAUAAUCCCCCAGCCCAAGAAGCUAGAGGAACUUGAAUUCGGAAACCCUGGAGACUUGUAUCCCAUCCUCGGACAGGGAAGAUGUAUUGCUAGCGAAUGGACUCUUCCAGGCUUGGAAAGCCCCUUAUCUUGCAAGGACCUGCCUCCUGCCCGAGCCAUCCCCGAGACAUUCCAGCUGAUCGGACAACUUUCCACAGAGAACAUGGGAUGUUCAUUUGACACUCCAUUACUCCAUACCGCCGUGCCCAGCCCUGGGCCCAGACCCACCAGACUCUACUACACUGGGAGGCCAGCAUGGAGAGCCAGAAAGGGCCUGGGGAUCAUCCAAUCUCACAGAAUCAUCUCUUUACAUAGGAGGAAGCUGAAAGCAGGAGGAAGGGAGAGAGAAACUAUCCAAGACCUCCCUGCAAGGCUUUUGUGGAGCUGGAGUAGAAACCCCAGGUCCUGACUCCCACCCCGGGGCUUGCAGAUUGCUACACAGGGAAAUGAACUGCGUGUGGAAAGAGAGUUUGACAGCCCUUCUCUAGAGCACAACUGUUCCUGCUUUGAGCAAGGAUUUCUAGUGAUGUCAGAGUGCCCCACUGCCCCUCGGGUCUGCUAGGGCUGUAUGCUGAGCCAAGCCUCCAAAAUUAUCCCCCUCUCCGUGGCCCAGCAGCUGCCUGAUCUCUGAGGAAGCAGAUGGGGCUCCUGGGCAGGCCAGCUGACCCCACACUGCUGCCUCUGGAGAAGUUCCAGAGGCAAACACUGACCCAGCAACUUCACCAGAGGCUCUGGGGUAGGGUGGGGUCCAGGGAUCAGAGGUCCCCUUGGGGAGGACUGUGGAUUGGAAGAUGGGUUCCAGGCUGUGGCCAGUGCUGACUGCGGAGGGGGUGGGGAGACGGGAAAUCUAUUUUUGUGAAACAGAGGGAAGAGUUUAUUAUUGUUAUUUUUGGUAAAAUAAAGGAGGCAAACUGAA